AUGAAGGACGAUCAGAUCUACGAGGAGUUUCGCAACAUGGACUUGAACCACAACGGCAUCAUUGAGGCUGAUGAGUUGCGACAGAGUUUGUUGGCCGCUGCACCAGGUUCCGCUGCAGCGGCGAAACGGCCCAAACGGCCCAAACGGCCCAAACGGCUGCCGGUCUGGCUAGCGAAGGUCUCCAGGCUCUUCAGCAGGGGCAAUGAAUUUCUCUCAAGCCGAGCUGUGAAGUUGUGCAUGUCGGUGACAGAGCUGGAGGAAUUUCCCAGGGCGACUGAUGGCCGAGUAUCAGGCUUGUGCGAGGAACUUUAUCUCGAGUGCGUGCUGACGGUCCAUACCUUCGGCCAACGUAGGAAAAAGGCUUGGCUUCGCUGGAUUGCAGAGCGAGACUCCCUGCGAUUUGCCUACUUUCUUGACGAUCAGAGUCAGUUGAUGAGGGACGUUGGGCACCAAUUUCGUGACUGCAAAGGUUCUUCUUGA